AUGAGUCCGGCCACUUCUUCAAUUGUAGUGCGAGGCGAAAAGAAGAGGGAAAAGGACGUAGAAGGAAGGAUAUCGACGUUUUUUGGAAAUAGUGUGAGUAAGAGUGAGAGAAGAAGAGAGCGCAGACAUUGGACAGAUGGAUGGCACGCUUUUGCAUGCAACUAAUCUUGGAAUGAACACUAAAAAGAACUCACAAUUUGAAUGUGGAUUGAGCUAUUUGAAAACUUUGGUCAAAUUUCGGUCGUCCGACUUCUUCAAAUGCACUUCGCAUUACUCAACAACAAAAAUUGAGUUGAGUGGAAAAACUACUAGUAUCUUAUCAGUUGUUUUUUCGGUGACAAUCGAAUGCUCGCUCGGUUUAUUGAUGUUUUUGAGUUGUAGUUUGUGUGAACUGGGAAAAGAUUUGAGAAUAAAAUAGUGGUAUAGAAAAAUAUAGGCAAUUCAUUUUCUGAAACAAAAUCGAGUGAAAAUGACGAAAAAUAAAUUGGAAAAUUUGUUUUUUCGGAACGUGAAAAAAUUUGCGUGAAAUAUCCAACAAAAAUUGACCAUUUCAAAUUUUUGUCAUUCAGAAAAAUGGUUGGCUUCUGGUGAAGUGAGUUUAAUUGAGAAAAAACUGUUUGUUACUGUAGAAUACUGUAGAUGACUAGUGUAACUUACUAUAGAUGACCCCCGGGUAUUGUGAAUUGAACACCCAGGUUUCGAUCUACAGUAGAAAUACUGGACCUGGACUCCUGAUCUACAGUACCUGAGUAGCUGAUAUACAGUACCUGAGUGGCUGAUUUACAGAAUCCGGGAUGUUUUUCUACAGUAUCUAGGUAUGAACUUUUCAGAAUUAAAUUUAAAAAAAAUUUUUUUGACCUACCCGCGAAAAAGAAAAUUGCAAGUAGCAAAUUAUUGUUUCAGAAAAAUCAAUUUGGCAAUCCUCAUCAUUUCUUCAUUUUGUCUCUACACAAACAAUUUUUUGAAAAGAUAAGUUUGAUUUGGGGAAUUUAAAAAAUUUUGUAUUGAAAUUUUCGGAGCAAAGAUUUCCAAAAAUCCAACCCAAAAAAAUGAAGUGGAAAAUGUGGGUUACUUUCUGAGCAAGUACGUUUACCAGUUGUUGAAACCCGCAACUAUUCAAAUUUGAUGAUUUGAGUAGGGAUUUGUCAAAGAAUCCUUUUGGAGAACCGAAAGCUGUAGGAAAGUAACAGUUAUCACGGGUUUUGCACAUUUCCAUGGAUUUUUUCUGGGCGUUUUGGAAGAGAAAUUGAUUGAGAUUUGGGGUGGGUGGGAGUUUCGGAAUUAUCUUAUCUAUUCAAAUCCAAAUUCUUCAAAAAAUUUCAGUACUCGUAUUCAAAUCGACUGCAACAAUUCGUCUGGCUGGCUCAUAUAUUAAGAAUAUUUUUUGAGAAAUGUAACUGAAAUAACACGAUCACAAUGGAAUUGAAUCUUUUCGUUUUUCAGACUCAACUCCACAAUUUGCUUCGAAAACUAGUGGAAUAUCAAUUUUUGGCGACAAAGCAAAUUGGCUACCAUUUCAAAGCUAUAAAUUGUAA